AUGUUCAAUUAACUGGCUAUUCACUCUUCAUUAUAAAGCAGUCCUAAAAGGAGUCAAUAACAAAGACCUCCAUUAAAGCAAAGAUAUAUUCCUUAUAAAAAGGAUACAGGCUCAUUUUAAGAUUCUAUAUUAGAUCUAAUGCAAUAGUAGUAAGAAGUAAAAAAUAAUUUCAGAAAUCUAUCUCCUUUAAUCAGAUAAAAAAGAAAUUAAUCAUCACAUACUGAAUAAUAAUGCUCGUAAACAAAAGAGGAUGAUUAAAAUACUUAAAAUUAUUAUGUAGGAUUUGAAGAAAGGAAAAAAUAAAGAGAAAAAUAGAUAAUUGGAUCUUAUUUUAAGAAUAAUAAUUCAUAUUAUGGUUCAACCAUGUUAAGUAUUUUUGAUAAUAACGAAAGGCCAAAGUCUAUAAAUAAAUCAACUAACUUUAUUAGAGACACAUCGCCUCUUCAAGAAUCAAACAAAAGUAUGCUGAAGCUUGGAAAUUUAGAUAAUUAGAUUUACAAUAAAAACGAAUUGUAGUAAUUAGUAAAAAAGAAUUAAAGUGGAUUAUAGCUAGGUAAUAUAUUUCAGAAUACUUAAUAGAUUAAGCUAGCUCCUCUAUUUGUUUAAUAGCAAAAAAAGCUUAGAUUUGAAUCGGACGAAAUAGAAAGAUUAAAUUAAGAGACUAAUAGCAAUGUUUAUAAUAAAUCUUUAGUAAACUCUAAGGUGGUAAGCCCAAUAUCUACAGUGUAUCAAUAAAAUUUUUCAAAAUAGUAAAAGAUAGUCCAAAAUAAUAGCUUAAAUUAGACAAAACAAUAAUUUAAUAAUGUUAAAAAGCCUGUUUAAAAUGAUAAGAUAAAUUUGCUAAGUUAUUAACAGUCUUAAGCAACUCAAAGCAGCCUUUAAUAUCAAACAACAGUUUAUACCCAACCUUCAUAAUAGUAUAUUUAAAUUUUCUAAGAAGAUAAUAUGUCAAUGGAAUUCUCUCUUUCUGAUAUUAACCCAUAACUAUAUGUCAGUUUUUGUAAAGAGCCUGCUCUACCAGUUAUAGAUGAAGCUGAUAAUAAUAUUGAAUAGGAUCCUCACUAAAUAAAAUUUAAAACUCUAAAUUCUUAAGAUUUUAGGCUAGGAAAUGGAUUAGAAUCUUUAUCUAUGGAAGGUUCAACAACUGCCAUACAAACAAAUCUUACACCUUUUCCCAUUAAUUACAUAAAGAGAAAGUGUUUAGGUAAAAGUGGAUUUUCUAAAAUAUUUUUGUGUGAAAGAAAAUCAGAUGAUAGACAAUUUAUCUGCAAAGAGGUCGAUUUUUCGAAAGAUGAAAAAGCUAAGGAGUUGUAUUUGAAUGAAAUAGAAUUUUAUUCAUGCUUUAUGAGAAAUAGUCAAGUUAAAGAUUACUUUUAAAAAUACCCUGGAUUUAAAUAUAUUCCUUAAAUGGAUUACAAUGAAAUUUUAAUAAAUUACAUGACUGAUGUUGAAUAUGGCUUUUUAAUCACAGAAUUUCUCUAAAAACCUUUGAGGAAAAGCAUAUUUGAUGUUAAGAAAGAAACAAUAGCAGGAGAGGAAAUGUACUAAAUAAAUUUAAAACCUUUGUACAAUCACUUGGUUGAAGAGCCUGACAAUUUCAAAAGAUUCAUAAAAGACAUAGCAGAGUAUUUAUCUUUUUUAUAAUAAAAUAAAUGGAGUCACGGUGAUUUAAGAUUAGAUAACAUAGUGAUAAGCUCUACCCAGAUAGCUGGUAGUGAAUUUCUAGAUUAUUUCAAAGUAAUUGAUUAUUGCAGCAGCUUUCGUACAAAUAAAUUUAAGGGUUUGUAGUCUCAUAUAACUCCAGAAUAUAUGCCACCAGAGUUCUUAAAGCACUUGAUAGCAGAUAAAUUCGAGGAUGAGCAACUUCAGUAAGACGUUUAAUACGAUGUAUUUUAAUAUGCUGUAGAUCCAGAGGCUCCUUCUUCUUUAGAUAUUUGGAGUUUAGGCUGCUUAAUCCUAGAGUUAGUAUUAGCAGUUCCUUUAUGGGUAACCCAAAGAUGCCGUGUCAAAUAAAAAAACUUUAUUAUGAGAGGCCUAUUUGCAACUAAAGAAAGGAAAAUUGAAUAAAUCUAUACUAAACAAAAAAAAUUUCUUAAAUAAUAUCUAUAAAUUAUGAAGUCUUUAAAAAUUGGUAACUUAGAUAAAUAAAUAAAAUUAAUUCUAGACGGAUGUUUAAAAGUAAACCCAAGAGAAAGAAUAACUCCUGAAUAAAUAUUAGAUAUUUUAUCAAAAAAAGACUUGAAAUUAGAAGAAAAAUGA